AUGACGCCUACACCACCAUCUGCAAGCUCUUCGAGUGCUGGACAGUCUCCGGAUGCUCGUUUUAGGGUCGUUCGGAAGCGCAAUCGGGUACCAUUAUCGUGUGGACCCUGUAGACAUAGGAAGCUGAAAUGCAACCGAGGACAUCCAUGCGAUAAUUGUACAAAGCGCGGUGACAUAGCGUCGUGCGCCUACGCUACUCCCGGAAGUCGAAAGAAGAGCACAAGCAGCAAUACUAAUACAUCCCCAGACGAUAUGCAAAACAGAAUAGACCGACUAGAGGGACUUGUGCUCUCGUUGAUGACCAAUGGAUCACAAUCUGCAGGACCCGUUGCUGCUGCUGCCGCCAUUGCUGAAAACAGCUUUGGCUCUGAGCCCGGAAGCAGUUCACUGAGCAUCGACGUUGAUGCGCCGGAGUCGAUGAAAGAGGAGGGUGAAAACGACGAAAGCGACGUCGAACAAGUCGCCAAGUCUAUCGGAGUCAUGAAAAUGGAUAACAAUCGAACCAUAUUCGCGUCGGAGGCUCAUUGGUACGCCAUCCUGGGUGAAAUCGCGGAGGUCAAAAACUACUAUAAUGAGAACAAGAAACAGUACGAUGACCAUCUGAAGCGUGUACAAGCUUCGCAAGGAACUGAAGCUCGACCCGGUAUGACCUAUCUCCUGGGCUCAACGAAGCCUGCCACACAUGCAGAGAUUCUGGCUUCCUUCCCGCCGAAGCAAUCUGCUGAUCUUUUAAUCACUCGGUAUUUCAAUACCUACGAUCCUUCGCUACACAUCGUACAUGGUCCGACGUAUCAGAAACAGUACGACCGCCAUUGGCAGACUCCGUCAGAAACACCUGUGAUAUGGUUAGGGAUGAGUUUUGCGAUGAUGUGCAUCGCUUUGCAGUCAUAUCAUCGAGCUGGUGACGAGCCUCCAGAAUAUUUUGGGACAAGCUGGCAACUAUCUUCAGAUUAUCGGCGGCUUACUGCACAAUGUUUAAUCCUUGCGGAUAUCACACAACCAAUUGCGCACAUGCUGGAGACCCUCAUCCUGCAUGUCUAUGGUGAUUAUGCGCGUAGCAGGGACGCUGAGUCUGGCAUACUCACAAGCGUCACAAUCAUUACACGCCUUGCUAUGCGUAUGGGCUAUCACCGGGAUCCUGGUGCUUAUCCAAACAUUUCAGCGUAUGAGGCCGAAAUGCGCCGUCGUCUUUGGUCUGCAGUGCGGAUGUCCGAUUUGCUCUUUUCUGCACAGGCUGGAUUACCACCAAUCGUGCGAACGCGAGACAGUAAUACCGAGCUACCGCGAAACAUAUAUGAUGACGAGCUCUAUGAAGGUAUUGUAACUUUACCGCCCUCUCGACCAGCGACAGAAAUCACUCCUGUGUCGUACCUCAUUGCCAAGUCUCGAGCUCUCUUCCUUUUCGGCACGGUUAUAGAAGAGGUCCAUUCGCUAGCACACUCUCAGUAUGAAGACAUCAUGAAACUCGAUCAGCGGAUACGAGAAAUGCAGACCACCAUAGCGCCCCAUUUAAGAAUGAGAUCGAUUGAAGAAUCUGCCAGAGACACCUCAAGUCUCAUCAUGCAACGAUUUUCACUGGAUCUUCUCAAUCUUAAGAGCAUCACUUUACUCCACCGCAAAUACCAAGGACCUUCACGCCACAACCCUCGCUUUGCAUACUCUAGACGAGCGUGCAUAGACGCAGCUAUGACUAUCCUGAAGCAUCAGGCAGCGCUUCAUGACGCAUGCCGCCCUGGUGGCCGACUUCGCAGCACGAAAUGGUUUAUCUCAUCCCUGAAUACUCACGAUUUUUUCCUUGCCGCGAUGAUCGUCGCCCUCGACCUCUACCACACUGUCGAAGCUGAGCGAUCAGGUCGGACAACCUCGAACGAAGUCUACAUGUUCUCCAACGAUCGGCGGUCGGAGAUGCUAUCAGCCAUCGAGCGCAGCGCGCAAAUCUGGGACGGACUAAAGGACGGCUCCAUGGAAGCUUUCAAAGCGAACGCGACUCUCACAGCCAUGAUCAACACCCUCAAAGCUCGUUCCAACAUCCGAUCAAAUUCAUCAUUUGCGCCGACCAAUGGCGCAUUCGCUGGCACUACGGGUCUUGAUGACCCCAACAUUGCACCCGAACAUUCAGCCGCCAUGACUCUCGGCAUGCUUUCAACGGGUGCUCUCACGCCCAAUUCGGCUGCUUUGUUCGACGCUAAAGCCGCUUAUCCGACACCCAAUAUGGCGAAUGACCUCCCGAUGCCACAACAGCCCCAAACUGGCGACCUAGCGCCUGGAAAUUUUGCCACCGAGGGUGCCAUGCGUGCAGCCUCACCGUUCAGCUCUUUGUUCGGAUCCAGUCUGGCGUUCCAGGGCAUGGAGGCGCCCACCAACGAUGUCAACUGGGACGCCUGGGACAACUACAUUCAAGGUGCUAGCAUGGACAUCAACAACAUGUGGCCAAUCGAGGGUACGGGGAUGCCUACACCUAUCCCGGAUGAUGGCAUGGGCGGUCAGCAAAUCCAUCAGCAAGCGCAGAACCAUGCGAACAAUUUAUUUGCACAAGGCAAUAAUGUGAGCUUGUAUCCUGAAAUGCAGGAACCGGGUCAUACUGGACUUUGA